UUGCCUCACUUCUUAGAGAUUACCAGAAAAUCAUCACUUUCCGUCCUACUGGCAUCGAUAACAAGUUUCGUAUACUUUUCGUUGUACGAGUAAUCAUAAAUCCUGCUCCCAGUCAACCAAGAGAACAGCUAGCUAUACUGGAGCGUCGAAAAAAAAAACUCAGGGUUGCAUCUAUAGCUUAAACCGUUACCACAUUCAAUCAUGUCCGGAAAUGAUGAGGCGGCGGCGGCAGGCGCCGCGCCACCUCAGGCUCUGCAGUUUGCGCCAUUCGAGUCGCAGAUAGAGAUGCCCUUUUACUCGGCUCUCUUCUCUCGAAAGCUCGAUCAUGACAAGCUCGACGACUCGGUCCGUCCUGUUAUUGGCCUUUAUCAGCCAAUGUCGGAGAGACCCCCAGCCGAAAGCACAAAAAUGCAGAUACAAGGCGGGGCGCUGUCUAGUUCACAUGUACCCAUGGGAUAUACUCGCGCAGACGGUAGCAUCCGGAAUUUCAACACCAUAGAAGAUUUCAAGAAGGCAGACAAGGGAGCGAUAUUACGACAGGCUGGAGCUCAGAUCUGGGAUGCUAUCAAAGAUGGCUCCAUAUACGAAAUCCCUUCCCUUCUCUCCUCCUUUGCAAUUCUUUCCUUUGCAGAUCUCAAAAAGUACCGUUUCACAUACUGGUUCGCAUACCCUACACUUCAUUCAGUUCCAGCUUGGAGGCGGGAUGGACCUUUAGAACGCUUCAGUUCCAAGGAGACUACAGCGCUUGUCAAUGAGGUCGGUACUUUCCGCUAUGCGCACGACACCAGGCAGCACGGCUUUUUCCUUGCCAAAAAGGUCCCAUACCGCUCCGGACCCUUCCGAAGGGGUCUGCCUCGUGAUGAUUCGGACGGGGAGGAUAUCGGCUUCACAUGGAGCAUCGGUGCGUUGGGUGAUUUUGAAAAGGGAUUUUUCAAGGGGAUCAAGGAAGCGGACCAGUAUAUCGCUUUCGUCGACUCCUCCAGCUACGCCGAGAACCCAUCGUGGCCUCUGCGGAACUUGCUUGUUCUCAUCAGGCAGCGCUUUCAGCUCCAAAAGGUCAAGAUAUUGUGCUACAGAGAUACUCAGGCUAGGAGGGAUGAGCCUAGGAGCAUCGUUCUGCCCCUCGCCUCUGAAGGACCUGCCACGGCACAAACUUCGGAGAUGCCCAAGGUUACAGGAUGGGAGCGUCAUCCGAGUAGCAAGUUGCAGGCUCGGGUCAUCAGCCUUGCCGAGUACAUGGACCCGGCGCGGAUUGCGGAUCAGGCGGUGGACCUGAACCUGAAGCUCAUGAAGUGGCGAAUUUCACCAAAGCUCGACCUGGAAGCAAUGCGGUCUCUCAAGUGCUUGCUGUUAGGCGCAGGAACCCUCGGAAGUUAUGUUUCACGCAACCUGAUGGGUUGGGGUGUUCGCAAGAUCACUUUUGUCGACUACGGAAACGUGUCGUUCUCCAAUCCUGUCCGUCAGCCACUAUUUGAGUUCGAAGACUGCCUCUCUGGCGGUGUACCUAAGGCACCCAAGGCGGCCGAAGCUCUCAAGAAGAUUAACCCAGGUGUUGAAGCUGAGGGUCAUGUACUCUCUGUGCCGAUGCUUGGCCACCCGGUGCUCAACGAAGCACAAACCAAGGAGGACUUUGAAAAGCUCCAGCAGCUAAUCAGGGCUCACGAUGUUGUUUUCUUGCUGAUGGACACCAGGGAGUCUAGAUGGUUGCCCACGGUCAUGGGCAAAGCCGAGGGCAAGAUAGUCAUGAAUGCGGCUCUUGGUUUUGAUACAUACGUGGUCAUGCGUCAUGGUGCUGCGCCAAAAGAUGGUACCGAAUCGACGCUGGGGUGCUAUUUCUGCAACGACGUUGUGGCACCUUCUGACUCAAUGAAGGACCAGACACUAGACCAGCAGUGCACAGUAACGCGGCCCGGAGUCGCCGCCAUUGCAUCAGCAAUGCUGGUUGAGAUGCUCACAAGCGUGCUCCAACACCCCCAGAGGGAACACGCACCCGCUCCCAAGCCCACAGGACCGCCGAGUAACCCAGAGUACCAGCGCGACCCGCCAGACCAUGCCCUCGGCAUAGUGCCUCACCAGGUCCGUGGUUUCUUGGCCAACUUUCAAAAUAUGAUCAUCAGCGGCGAGUCAUACCCGAACUGCAGUGCGUGCAGUUCGCCCAUUGUCGGGGCGUACAAGUCAGACGGAUGGGAGUUUGUCAAGAAGGCGCUGUCAGACAAGGAUUACGUGCUGGAGCUGUCUGGCCUGGCCGAGGUGCAGAGGCAGGCAGAGGCGAUGCAGAACGAAGUAGAUUGGGAUGAGGAUGAAGACGUGGCCGCUGCUGAGGAGGGAGAUGGUGAGAUGCUUUAGGUGAGCGGUGUUACUGCUCAGCCGGUUUUUCUGUGAUGGCCUCUCUGUAUUAGUGGUCUGUAUUGACAGCGGUGUUUUGAGAGUGUGAUGAUGGACUAUUUGCUUGCCAUUAGGACUGACGGCGUUCUUGGAUGGGAAUGGUGUUGGCUGUUGUAGCCUGGGUGGUUUGAUGUUAGUCUUUCUACAGACCGUGGCUUCUGCUUUUUUGCCAGAGAAUAGUGGCUGCUAUUAGCGCUACAAGAGGGGAAUAGUCGUCUGUAUUUCAACUAGCGAACACGGUUAAACCUUUUCUGCGUGCAGAUUACACUCAAUAGACCGAGUUUUGUUUUUACAGAGAAAGCUGGAAUGGAAACAUUUCCGAAGCCAGUGUUUUUUGUUAGGUACAUGAAACUACAGAAAUCUGUUGUCCAACUGAUAUUUGAACAAGGUUAGAAGAGCCUGACUGUAAAAAGAAAAACGAAAAAAAGAACAAGACGUGUAACAACACAAGUCUACAUGGCAGUGGCAUGAACAAAAAAAAAAGGCAUUACCAGCAACAUCUCUCGGACCCCCCUUUAUCCGUUCUCUUUAAUCUCCCCGUAUACUUCCCCCCUCUCUUUUCACAGCCUCUGCCUCCCCCUCGUCUCGAUGGGGAUGAGACACAUGCCGACGAAGGCGGCGAGGAUCAGCACGGCCGAGAGGUAGAUCGGGGCGGUGGAGCCGUCCCCUGGAAUAUUGGCAGCCAGGACGGGGGCGAGCAAGCCCGCGACGCGGUUGAGGAAGCUGGCCACUCCGGUCCCGGCGCCGCGCACGGGAGCGGGGAAGAUCUCGGGCGUAAAGGCGUACAGUACGCCGUACAUGAUGUUUUGCGAAAAGGCCUCGAUGCACGAAAAGGCCAGCUGCGCGGACGGGGUCGUGCCCAGCGUCGCGAAGCCGAAGAGGAACACGGCCGACACCAAGGUGGAGAUGGCGAGCGUGCCCUUGCGGCCCAGCAGCGGCGACGGGUGGUCCACCGUGUAGGCGGCCAGCAGGGAGCCCGGCACGCCGACGAUGGAGGUUAUGGCGUAGUUGCGGUACGUCUCGGCCGAGAUGGCUUGGGGUUGCUGUGGAGCGUCGGCGCGGGCGGCCAUGACGGCGGGGGUGUUGGUGGAGUCGCUGACGCCGCGGGAGAGGUACUGGGGGAGGAAUGCGUUGAAGAGCGGGUAGCCCAUUCCGAUGGUGGCCCAGACGAACCACAUGAUGGCGGUGGCCAGGCCGAGCGUCUUGUUGCUGAACAGCGGGCGGAUGCGGUCUCCAGAGAAGGAGGCGAGCUUUGCGCGCAGGACAGAGGUGGUGUCGAGAGUAGGCCGCCUGGAGGACUCGAAGGCGUCAUCGUCGUCAUCGUCGUCGUCGGCAACGUCGUCCAUGAUCUUCUCGGUCAGCCACGUCUUGACGCCGUUGCGGUAGGCGAGACCGUGGACGACGGCGACGGCCUCGCCCUGUCGGCCCUUGGAGAGCAGGAACUUGGGCGACUCGAACAGGUUAAAGACAAAGAAGCGCAGGGCAAACAUGAGCAGGGUGACGACGCCAAUGGCAAAGACGAACCAGCGCCAGCCCUGGUCAACGGGCCAGUUGGCCAUAAAGUACCAGGCGAACAGGCUGGAGCAGAGCUGGCCGACGGGCCACCAGACGGACAAGAGGGUCAGCAGGCUGCUGCUGGCGUCGGGGAGGAACUCGAGGAACAAGGCGCCGUCGACGGGCAGGUUGCCGCCCACGCCCGAACCCAGCGCUGCCAGCAUCAGGCACAACCAGCCCCACGACGGGGCGUACGAGGCCAGGAUGCCAAACACGCCCGUGAUAAAGAGCGUCGCGUUAAAGGCGAUGCGUCGGCCCAUCAUGUCGGAGCCGAUUCCCCAUGUGAAGGAACCGACGCAGAGGCCGAGGAAGAGGGUCGAGGUCGUGUAGCGGACCGUCUUUUCCGAGAUGCCGAAUUCGGCCGAUAAUGAGGGUAGGAGAAGGAAAACUCACCUGCAUCCACAGAUUAUCUGCAAACCAGCCAAACCCACAUAGGAAAAACAGCUGCCAGUUGUACCGACCCAUGCCGAUAUCCUGGACGGCCUUGUUGAUGAGCUUGGACUUCAUCUCGUAGGCGGUCGGCCGGGCUCCUCCGCCGCCCAGCCGGACCUCACGCCUCAGACCUUCGAUGCUGUACUCUGCCGCCCGCAUCUCGAGCAUGCCCGCCUCCUCUCCGCCGUCGCCGCGCUUCCCUCCGGCCUCGUCGUCAUUGUUGUCGGCAGUCGACGGCGGCUCCUCGUACUCGGUCCUCCCGCUGCGUGCCGAGUGGCUGUACAAGUGGGCCUCCUCGAGCGGGAUCAGCACGCCGGCGUAGCUGCUUGUCGUCUCCACACGGAGAGGCCAACGAGGGUAGAGCCUCAUGCUCUUUUUGUCUUUGUUGCCGUUUUUGAAAUUUCCCUCUGGUUGUCGCUUUUUACCCUCUUGACCCUUUCAACUAGAAAAGGCACCAUAAACAAAAAAACAAAACAAAAAUUGGGAUAAUGAAAAUAACUGCCAAAAAAAAUAUUUCGAGCUUUUCUCCCCUUUGUCUCUAACGAUUAGGUUGUAGACAGCCCAAGCCUAGCCAGAUCGUGGGUAGUAUGGAGCCUAGCGCGGAAGGCGUAAUAAUGGCCAGGUGAGAUGAGAUGGUUUUGGGGUGUUCGAAAUAGGUUCAAGGUAACACCUAGUUUAAGUCAGAGAACAACAAACAUAGACGGACGCUAAGAAAAACAAGACUGUUUGCAAAAGCCUCGGCUCGUAAACGGCGGAGAAGAGAAGGUUCUUAGAAGUAAUGCAGACACACAAACUCCCACACCCGAUCCAUCAGAGCUCAGAUAGGUUGGUUACGUGAGUUU